AUGGCCCUUUUCACAGUCUCCACCUUUGAAGGCUGGCCAGCGCUGCUAUACAAAGCCAUUGAUUCAAAUGGCGAGAAUGUAGGACCUGUAUACAACUACAGAGUGGAGAUUUCCAUUUUUUUCAUCAUCUAUAUCAUCAUUAUUGCUUUCUUUAUGAUGAACAUAUUCGUUGGCUUUGUGAUUGUCACAUUCCAAGAGCAGGGAGAACAAGAGUACAAGAACUGUGAGCUGGACAAAAAUCAGCGUCAGUGUGUCGAGUACGCCCUGAARGCACGUCCUCUCCGUAGAUACAUUCCCAAAAACCCUUACCAGUACAAGUUCUGGUAUGUGGUGAACUCSACUGGGUUUGAAUACAUCAUGUUUGUCCUCAUCAUGCUGAACACCCUCUGCUUGGCUAUGCAGCACUAUGGACAGUCCAAGCUAUUCAAUGAUGCGAUGGACAUUAUGAAYAUGGUUUUCACAGGAGUGUUCACUGUUGAAAUGGUUUUGAAAGUGAUUGCAUUCAAACCCAAGGGCUAUUUUAGUGAUGCCUGGAAUACGUUUGACUCCCUCAUCGUUAUUGGCAGCAUAGUAGACGUCGUUCUCAGUGAAGCUGAUGAAGCAGACUCUGUUCCUGUCAGUCUGGCAACACCCAUCACUGGGAACUCUGAAGACAGCGCCCGGAUCUCCAUCACCUUUUUCCGUCUCUUCCGUGUGAUGAGGUUGGUGAAGCUGCUGAGCAGAGGGGAAGGRAUCAGAACAUUGCUGUGGACRUUUAUCAAGUCAUUUCAGGCCCUGCCUUAUGUUGCCCUUCUGAUAGCCAUGCUGUUCUUCAUCUAUGCUGUCAUUGGAAUGCAGGUGUUUGGAAAAGUGGCCAUGAGGGACAACAAUCAAAUAAACAGAAACAACAAUUUUCAGACUUUCCCCCAAGCUGUGCUUCUUCUCUUCAGGUGUGCAACUGGAGAAGCCUGGCAGGAAAUCAUGCUGGCCUGUUUGCCUGGAAAGCGCUGCGAUCCAGAAUCUGAUUAUAAUCCAGGGGAAGAAUACACAUGUGGAAGCAAUUUUGCCAUCAUUUAUUUUAUCAGUUUUUACAUGCUCUGUGCAUUUCUGAUUAUAAACUUAUUUGUGGCUGUCAUCAUGGAUAACUUUGAUUAUUUGACACGUGACUGGUCCAUCCUGGGUCCCCAUCAUUUGGAUGAAUUCAAAAGAAUAUGGUCAGAAUAUGACCCUGAAGCAAAGGGAAGGAUAAAGCACCUGGACGUGGUGACGCUGCUGAGACGGAUUCAGCCACCGCUUGGUUUUGGCAAAUUGUGCCCUCACCGAGUGGCCUGCAAGAGGYUAGUAGCCAUGAAUAUGCCACUAAACAGUGAUGGAACCGUCAUGUUCAAUGCUACUUUAUUUGCUUUGGUUAGGACUGCUCUAAAGAUAAAAACAGAAGGUAACCUAGAGCAAGCCAACGAGGAGCUCAGAGCAGUCAUAAAGAAAAUCUGGAAGAAAACCAGCAUGAAAUUGCUGGACCAAGUUGUCCCUCCCGCUGGCGAUGAUGAGGUAACCGUGGGGAAGUUCUAUGCCACCUUCCUGAUACAGGACUACUUUAGGAAAUUCAAGAAACGCAAAGAACAAGGACUGGUGGGGAAAUAUCCUGCGAAGAACACCACGAUUGCUCUGCAGGCAGGACUAAGGACACUUCAUGAUAUUGGCCCAGAAAUACGCCGAGCUAUAUCCUGUGACUUGCAAGAUGAUGAACCAGAGGAAAACAAUCCAGAGGAGGAGGAAGAAGUUUAUAAAAGGAAUGGUGCCCUCUUUGGCAACCACAUAAACCAUAUUAGCAGUGACAGACGAGAUUCCUUCCAGCAAAUCAACACCACUCACCGUCCCUUACAUGUGCAGCGGCCUUCAAUUCCCUCUGGGAGUGACACUGAGAAAAACACUUAUCAUCAGGCAGGAAACUCUGUGUACCACAACCAUCACAAUCACAACUCGGUAGGAAAGCACGUUCCAAACUCAACAAAUGCCAACCUCAAUAAUGCCAACGUGUCCAAAGUCCAUGGGAGACACACAAGUUUUGGAAAUCGUGAGCACAGAUCUGAAAAUGGUUACCGCUCACACUCCAGGACUGAUCACGAGAAGCGUAGAAGGCCAAGCAGUAGGAGAACACGCUACUAUGAAACAUAUAUUAGAUCUGACACUGGUGAUGGGCGCCGUCCUACGAUUCGCCGUGAAGAACAYGAAGUCCAAGACUAUUGCAAUGAUGAUCAUUAUUUGGCAGAGCAGGAUUAUUAUAGUGGAGAAGAAUAUUAUGAGGAUGACAGUAUGUUGUCAGGAAACAGGCAUAGAUAYGAUUACCACUGUAGAUAUCACUGCCAUGACUCAGAUUUUGAGAGACCAAAAGGUUACCAUCACCCACAUGGUUUUUUUGAGGAAGAUGAUUCACAGAUCUGUUACGAUACAAAAAGAUCUCCUAGGAGACGGCUGCUACCUCCAACACCACCACCACACAGACGAUCUUCCUUUAACUUYGAAUGCCUCCGCCGACAAAGUAGCCAGGAUGACAUCCCUCUCUCUCCUAAUUUUCACCAUCGCACGGCUUUGCCACUUCACUUAAUGCAGCAGCAGGUGAUGGCUGUGGCAGGUCUGGAUUCCAGCAAAGCUCACAAGCACUCCCCGAGCCGUUCGACGCGCUCCUGGGCCACGCCGCCGGCCACCCCUCCCAACCGGGAACGCAGCCCCUAUUACACCCCCCUGAUCCAGGUGGACAGGGCUGACUCCACCGAGCACAUGAACGGCAGCCUGCCUUCCCUGCACAGGAGCUCGUGGUACACGGACGACCCCGACAUUUCCUACCGGACAUUCACACCAGCCAACCUGACCGUCCCCAACGACUUCAGGCACAAACACAGCGACAAGCAGAGGAGCGCUGACAGCCUGGUGGAAGCGGUCCUUAUAUCAGAAGGCCUAGGAAGGUAUGCAAAGGACCCUAAAUUUGUUUCGGCUACAAAACAYGAGAUCGCUGACGCGUGUGACAUGACUAUUGACGAGAUGGAGAGCGCAGCCAGUAACCUCCUCAAUGGAAAUAUCAGCAGCGGGGCCAACGGGGAUAUGUUUCCAAUUUUAAACAGACAAGAUUACGAACUUCAAGAUUUUGGUCCCGGCUACAGCGACGAAGAGCCGGAAACGGGACGAUACGAGGAAGACUUAGCUGAUGAAAUGAUAUGCAUUACGAGCUUAUAGUAUUUAGCAAGGAAAACGUUCUAAUCACAGAAAAAGUGCCUCAUAGUUUCAAGAUGCUAGGCACUAGCUGGAGUGAAUAACCAAUCCGAGUUUGGUAUGAGUGAUGUCACACCUCAAGGAAGCCAUAACUAAUAAAUUUAUUAUCUCCAGGUUGCCGAAAUGUGAUCGGAGCUGCAGUAGGUCGAGUGUCCUCCGACAGAACCUCCAGUUCCUCUGUAGGGAUAAGGUUAUUUUGAAACCAAGCAGAUUGUGACAAUCAAGUUUUUUGAGGGCUAGGGCAGGAUUCUGAGGUGUAAUAUCUUGCCUGUCUUUCAACCUUGUGCUGCUGUCCUUCCAAGCAGAGCGGGAUUUUGUCAGUGAAAAUGUCUSGUGUAGGUCUGGCUGGGAAUUGUGUGGGAAACAGCAGCACGAGAUGAGUGAUGACACCCGACAAUGUCAUUACCUCAGUGCUCAGAGCAUAUCAGCCACCCAUUGCAUAUCCAUCCUAACAUUGUUUGCAAACUUGCCUCCCCAUUUCUUUUCUUAACGCUCUUYUAAAAUACAGUUUGGUCAUGCUCUACCUGCUAGAGAUCGUUGGAAAAAGAAGUUAUAUAAAGAAUAAUCCGUCAUAUGUAACAUCAGUUUACAUAGGAAAAUAUCAUUCAGAUGGUCUGUUUUAUGACUAUCACGUUAAGGGCAAAAUAUACUGGAAUAAUUGCAUUCUUACUAAUGCACUUGCAACCAGGUUACAGUAGAAUUAGAUAAGAUAGUUUGCUAAAAAUUAUAUAGUAGAAAAUAUUGUAAAUUAAUUGUAAUAUACAAUGAUUUGUAUUUGUAAAGAGAUGUUCUAUAUUUUGUAAUUAUUGUACCGUAAUUGAACUGCAGCAAUAUUUAUGGACCCUAAUUAUUGUAACUCUCCACAGAAUUCUAGAUAGAAGUAUUUUUACUUGGAAUAUAUAGAUCUAUAGCAUAAAUAUUUAAAUAGAGCCACCUCUCAGUGUAAAUCUCUUUUUGGGAUAAAGUGUCAAGUUUGAACUUGGCAACAGAACAGAUUAUUUUUUUUUUUUUGUAAUAAUUGAGUCAAAAGAAUCUCUCUGCAUAAGGGAUGCACCAUUGACUACUUACAGUCUUAU